GAAAAAGAAUUGGCUUUUAUUAGAGGAAUAAACAACAUGGGUUGUGGAAAAUCAAAACACGAUGUUGUUACGGGAAACACCACGAGGAUCAAGAAACCUUCGGAAGCUGAAUCUGUGAAGGGAAAAGAGAGCGAAACAAUUAAAAGACAAGAAAGCUGCCGGUGCCGGAAAACGAACGACAUUUCCGCCGUAGUUUCCGGUGACCAGCCGGAGACCAACGUAGAAACCAAUAGCAAGAAACCGAAGGAAAAGGAAGAUGGAGGAGAUUGUAGUGAGGCGGUGGCCGUAGAGAUGACGAAUGGUGACAAACAACCGGAGGAAAAGGAAACGACAACAACUUUUCCGCCGGUGGCGGAGGUGGCUGCGAUAGUGCCGGAGAAUGUUGUGACGGAGGAGACCGUUAACGACGUGAAUGAGAAUGAGAGCGUUUCGCCGGUUGAAGAACAAAAGGAGGUUGAAGAACCAAUACCUGAGGUACAAACUCAGGUAACAACGGAAUUAGAAGUUCAAGAUAUCCCGACCACGGAAAAUGACGAAAUCGCAGCCACGGAAAAUGAUGAUAUCAUGGCCACGGAAAAUGAUGAAAUUCCGGUUUUGAAGGAUGAAGAUAAAGUUGAUGUUGUAGAGGAAAAUCCGGCCGAUAUAACAAAGGUAGUUGAGUCGGCAUGAAGAAGGCAAAAGAAGAGAAUGUAAAGAAAGUUUGUACUCUAUGCAUCCAUCACCAAAUCAAAUCAUUAUUUCUUU